AUGUCGGGCACUUUCGGCCCAGGCAGCAUCAAACCUCCGAUUCACGAUCAAAUCGCCGAAUUACAGAGAAAAAUCCAGCAGCUCGAGGGCGAAAAAAGCGCGUAUUAUGAGAGCUCCCAAAGCACCCUCAAGGAGAACAGAGAGCGCAUCCUGCAGCUCAGAGAGGAGAACAGGAGGCUGAGGACGAGACUGGCACACGCAAGAGAUGAGCAGAUAAUCAGCGAGGUGUUUCAGACCCGCUCGGACAAAGCUGCGUUCCGGAACAUGUCUGUGAAGGAAGCGGUGAAGGUUCUGGAUCAGCAGGUGUGUGAUAAGGUGAAGAAGCUGAACGCUAUGAAACACACCACACAGAUGAAGCGGCGGCAGCUGGAGGAGCUGCGAGCUCAGUACGACAGUCUGAGAGCGGAGAGGAGAAGCCCUCUUCCACAGACUGAAGGGGAUGAGGCUGAGGUUCAUCCCCAAAAGAACCUGCGUAUGUUGGAGAACCGUUUGGAGAAAGUACAGCUGAAGUCCCAGGCGGCCGAGCACAUCAUGAGGAGCUACCUGAAAAUGAAGGAGCAACUGCAGGAGGAGAGUCUGACGUUUCAGCCUCAGUUGGACCAGAUGGAGGCUGAAAUCCUACGGAAGAAACAGGAGCUCCGAGAGCUGCAGGCAAUGAACAACGAUGCACACCUGGCCAAGGAGACGGCCAAGGCAGAGCUGCAGUGUCAGGAGGAGCAGGUGUAUCGGGAGCGCAGAGACAGAGAGCUGAUUCUGAACCAAUAUAAGAAACAAAUGGAAGAGCGCAGAGCACAGGCUGAGAGAGGAGAGCGCAGAGCCCAGCGGGUGGCACUGCACCCAGAUGAGCUGAGCAGUGAGGCCCAGCACAGUGCUACAGGAGUGGGAGAGGAGGAAAGAGUCAUCUCCAGUUUUGAGGAGGCCUUCCAGCAUAUCCGAGAGGUUACUGGGGUGACCAACACACAGGAAAUGGUGGACAGGUUUGUCUCUCAGCAGGACACUCAGAAGCACCUUGAGAAGAUGAAGGUGGAGAACGAGGUGAAGCUGCAGCAGCUGAAAGAGGAGAGAGACACACUGCUCGCACGCUUUCAGGAGAUGAAGUUCUCAGGAGAGACCAAACAGUCCAGUGCCAGGCGGGUGUUGGAGGAGGCUGAGCGGCACCUGCAGGAGGAGCAGCAGAGACGAGAUGCAGCUAAAGAGAAGCUGGACUCGCUCACACACACACUCACCACCGUCAGCGCCGCAGUAGAACAUCUAACAGACAAACUACACCACAUCUCACUGGGCGAGGCGGAGGUGAAUGUACGGUUGGACUCUGCUGAGUGUGUCGUGGAGCAGCUGCAUCAGGCUGAGCAGAAACUGCAGCGCCUUCAGGAGGAGCUACAGGGUAAAGAUCUGAAUACCCUGCUGAAGGAGAUGGAGGAGGAGGAGUUCCUGGCCAGUAUUGAGGGGAAACUUCCGCACUACAACACCCGCAUCACUCUGCCUGAAACCCACAGAGCUGACCUUUACGAAGAAGAGGAAGACAGCGGUGAGGAUGAAGGUGAUGUCAUUACUCGAGCGUCACUUAAACGCCAAUCACAGCUCAUCAUUGACUCUAAAACUAAGAGGAAGACUCGCAUCAAGAAGAAGAACACCAAACUGUGACCUCAUCAUUUGUCCAUCUCAGUCUGCAGGGAAUAUUUAGAUCAUUAAAAGUGUUAACACAGCACAACAAGUAGCAUCCAUCUGUAGAAUAAUAAGACAAGGCUGUGUAUAGCUGAUAAAUGCUAUAGAUGAUUAUUUGUCCUGUAGCCAUAGCAACAGGUACAUUCUGACCUUGGAGUAGUACAGCGAGUAUAUCAAUUGAUUGGAAAUAGUUUUAAUAAAGGAUUUCAGCUCUA